AUGUCCAGAACAUCCGCCAAAAACAGAGUUCUUUCGAAACAGGACGUGGCGCGGAUGAUCGGCCAGGGCGACCUGAUCGUCGUGUACAACAACACCGUGCUCCGUCUCAAUAAUUGGAUCAGGUUCCAUCCAGGGGGAGACAAGGCUGUGCACCAUAUGGUUGGACGAGAUGCCACGGACGAGAUGAACGCGUACCAUUCGGACGCCACGAUUGCCACGUUCAAGCGGUUCCAGGUGGGUGUGAUCGAUCACAAGUGGGUGAACUUGGUUCCCCCGAUCCAAGGCGGAGAGUACCCGAAAUCAGGAGACAUUUCUCUCGCAGGACAGAUGCCCGCCACGGUGAAGCCCAAAGUGCCCGUCAACAUCGUCCCCACCGCAGCGAGUAUCCGGAUCGAGUCCGGACCCAUCAGAGACCCAGAAACAGUCAUCGAGAACUUCGACAACCUGCUGGUCAAGUCCGAUCUGGAAACGUGGCCAAGCCUCGAUUACGAGACUCAAUGGACCAUCUCGCAGAAAUACAACGAGCUCCACGCCAAAAUCAAAGCAGAGGGGCUCUACGACUGUCCGUACGUCGAGUACUACAAGCAGAUGUGCAUCAACGGCGGGCUAUUUUUGUACUUUCUUGUUUUCUGGAAGCUGGAGUGGUAUUUUCUAAGUGCGGUGUCGAUCGGGCUAUUUUGGCAGCAGCUCACGUUCAUCGCGCACGAUGCAGGCCAUCUCGCCAUCACCCAUAACUACCACAUCGACAACUUCAUUGGAAUCCUCAUCGCCGACUGGAUGGGUGGACUGUCUCUUGGCUGGUGGAAAAGAAACCACAACGUGCACCAUCUCAUCACAAACGACCCGGUCCACGACCCAGACAUCCAGCAUCUGCCGUUCUUCGCAGUCAGCUCGCGGCUGCUCGGCAACGUCUACUCCACCUACUACGAGAAAACGCUCUGGUUCGACAGUUUUGCCAAGUUCCUGGUCCAGUUCCAAAACCAUCUCUACUACCCAAUCUUGUGUUUCGGCAGAUUCAACCUGUACCGGCUUUCGUGGGAGUACCUGCUCACCAACAAGGCUCCUCGCGGGAAAGCCGCUUGGCUGUGGUAUUUCGAGAUCACCGGACUCUCGUUCUUCUUCUACUGGUUCUUCUACGUUUUGAUCGGGUCGCUGGACACCUGGUCCCAGAAGAUCCAGUACAUCUUGGUGUCGCACAUUGUCACCAUGAUUGUUCAUGUUCAGAUCACGCUUAGUCAUUUCGCCAUGUCCACCUCCGAUCUUGGAGUCUCAGAGACGUUUGCUGCUCGCCAGCUAAGAACCACCAUGGACGUGGACUGUCCCGAGUGGUUCGACUUUUUCCACGGCGGGCUCCAGUUUCAAGCCAUCCACCACUUGUUCCCAAGACUUCCAAGACACAACUUCCGCAAGGCCCAGAAGCACGUGCUGGAGUUCUGCAAAGACACUGGUCUGCGGUACUCGAUCUACGGAUUCGUGGACGGGAACAAUAAGGUGCUGCUGCACAUGGAGGACAUUGGCAAGCAGGUCAAGAUCAUGAAGGACUGUCUACGCAGCAUGGCUCUUGAGUCGUGCGAGAAAAAGAAUAUUUAUGAAAAACGGGUGGAAAAGGCCAUGGUGGAGUCCAAGUUGAACAGUGUUCAUCAACAAGUUGGCGUUCUUGAAGUUGGACGCGUGCGUGUUCUGCACCAACGGGAGCAGCUUCUCUACAAUAACGUAGGUAUCCAGGUUCUUCUCGCCCAUCUUGCUGAUCAUGACGUCAAAUGCGUUGAUGGUGAGGUUCUUGAUCUUGAGAGAGCUGGUGGAGCUGAACAGCUGGCAGAUUGCAGGGAACAUCUUUGUGCUGAUGGUGGAGUAGCUCUGGAAGUUGAGGAACGUGGGCAGGCUCACCAGCACCUUUUCCUGGAGCUGGACGGUGUUUGGGUCAUUGUUGGCGACGAGGGACUUCUCAAACAGCUUGUUGAGCAACGUCUGGAACUGCGCCGUGUACUUGGAGCUGAGAUCGUGCUCGUUGGCGUUGAGCUUUGUCUUUAUGGUGUCCAAGUUCGACAGCAACAGCAGCUCGUAGCUGGUGAGAUCCUUGUCGUUGAGAACUUUGCUGAGCAGCGGGAAUAUCUUGUCGGUGAAGGUGAGCUGGGACAGCUGGUUGCUGAGGAUGAGCAGGUUUUCGCAGGAUAG